AUGUACACUGUUCAUCCUAGAAACGAUGAAUGUUUUUAUUUGCGACUGCUGUUAGUAAAUGUACGUGGACCGAAAUCAUUUGCGCAUUUGAAAACUGUGAAUGGCCACCAAUGCCAAACAUAUCGAGAAGCAUGUCAACUAUUGGGUUUGCUGGAGAACGAUUCUCAUUGGGAUUUAACACUUGCAGAUUCAGUUGUUUCAUCAAAUGCGUACCAAAUACGAACGCUGUUCGCAAUUAUCAUCACCACAUGUUUUCCUUCACAACCAAUUCAGUUAUGGAACAAAUACAAAGACGCCAUAUGUGAAGAUAUCUUGCAUCGCUUGCGUAUUCAAACGAAUAAUCCUGACAUCCAAAUAACCGAUGAAAUCUACAAUGAAGGAUUGAUUCUGAUUGAGGAUCAAUGCUUGACUAUUGCAAACAAGCUACUGAUUGAAGUAGGAAUGAUUGCGCCAAAUCGAUCGAUGCACGAUGCAUUCAACCAAGAAUUAAAUCGAGAGCUGCAAUACAAUGUUGAUACAUUGCAGGAAUUCGUUAGAAAUAAUGUUCCGUUGCUGAAUGAACAGCAAAAACAAAUAUACAAAACAUUAAUGCAAGCGGUGGACAAUAAUACUGGUGGUCUAUUCUUCCUGGAUGCACCUGGAGGAACAGGGAAAACAUUUGUCAUUUCAUUUAUUUUGGCCACUAUUCGAUCAAGAUGUGACAUAGCUUUGGCGUUAGCAUCAUCUGGAAUUGCGGCGACUCUUCUAGAUGGCGGUCGUACUGCACAUUCUGCGCUUAAGUUGCCACUCAAUUUAAACACAAUUGAUACUCCAACGUGCAAUAUUUCCCGAUCCAGUGCAAUGGGAAAAUUGUUAAUGCAAUGCAAGCUCAUUGUUUGGGAUGAGUGCACAAUAGCACAUAAGAAAUCACUUGAAGCACUUAACUUCACACUGAAGGAUCUUCGGAGAAUAACAACAUCUUUGGCGGCUUGA